CACGUAAGCACCAUCGGCUUCUCCUUCUCCCGGAGCAAGCCCUCCUACGGCAAAUGGUGGUCAAAUGUUUGGAUCAAGAGAGCCGUUCACGAAUAGCAUGGCAUGACCGGCUCCUCCUCGCUUCUGCGCGCCAUGGCAGAUCUUGUAAAUGACCAUGGCCAUCGAUAAAUGCGGAGGACCACUGAGAGCGCUCGAGCUCAUUGUUGCGCACCCAAGACAACCGACGGCGGCUUGAUACGACGUGGCGGACUGCCGUAUGCUACCUCAGAGCCACUAACAUCGGUUGCGGCGCCGAAAGACGUUGCGAUCCGUUGACACCGAUGUUUCUUCUGCCCUGGCCCCCGACAUCAUCAUCCGUUUCCUUCUUAGCCUCCUGGGUCGACUGCGUGUCUGGGGUCCAUCCCAGCAGACUGGACGGCCCGUUGAGGAAAUUUUGAAUAUAGUUCCGAUGCGUUCAUGCGGCCAUGCCGACGACAUCCGGUUCAUGAGGUGACAGGAACUCAGCUUCAGCUCGCUCUGUACAUGUACCCAUGCCCCUGUGCCCUGUGCUGAAGAAACCUCGGUCCUCCCCAAAGCGUCGCAAGUCAUGCCCUUGGGGGAUGGUGGUUUCAUCAUAUACAUACAACAAGUGACGUUGGUUCGAAGCCUUCCAGGGAAAGGAAAACAAGAUGGUUAGCGAGGAUUGCCACUUUGAUAUUCUGGGCAGAAACAAGCACUGACAGGCCGGCGAUAGACCCAGAUCAGUCGCGGCGCCAGCGAUGGCCUAACAACGGCCCGGUCAGCCGUUCCCCAGACCCCGCACGUUUUCCUCCACACUGCCAUCGCCAGUGCAACGCCUGGCAUCCAGAAUGCUACUUUGCCGAGACGGCAUUUGAAAGGCCUCGCUUGGGUAUCCAGUACCCUGCUAAAGAGCACUUGGAAAGUGUUGUCAGUCUGCGCGCUCGCUUCUCUUCUUCAAGCCCGGAGCUUCACACCGAGAGAGCUUCAUCGUGUGCGAGCCGGCGUGUUCAGCUGACCGGCGCACGCUCGUUCGGUCCUUUGGCUCAAUUUAAACGGGCUUAGUUUCUUGGUACAUUAUUACCUCCUGUUUUCCAUUAUCCACACCUCUGAUACUUGAAAAAGGGGUUGCCACCCGGUCUGGUCGUACAGACUACGUGACCAUAUCACAUCACGCUCUCUACUCAUAUCGUCCUCGUCUCAACUCCAACGCCAACCUCUUCAGCCCCAGAGCUUCAGCAACACUUCCCGCGUAUCCACGUCGCGUCACUGAGGAAGGAAGAGGGCUAGACGCCCUGGCCUACCUUUUCUCCUGCAGACCAUGCCCAAUGGGAUAAACAGGAGCCUAUUUGUACUCACCAAGAAACGACGACCAAAGCUGUCAACUCGGAUUCAGGAGAGGAACAAUGUUGCUGUACACGCGACUGGCGCCUCCAAAGCCACCCAAGAGGCGGUCAAGAGGAGGUUGUACAUUCUGAAGAAGAAGUGCGACGAGAAACGGCCGACCUGCUCGCGUUGCUCAGAGCAAGGUGUUGAGUGUGUGUACGGGACUGUGAAACCAAGACAGCGAAAACGACGUGAAUCUGCGCCGCACACGGCAGCGGGUACAUCUUCCGAACACUACUCAGGAGCUCGACGACUAUCUGAACUCAGCUAUUACAGUCACAACUCUAGUUAUCUCGGUUGGGGUGUCGAGAACCGUGGACAAGACUUGACGCGUUACGGGGAGCCGCCAGCUGUUAUCUUCAACACUCAUUUCUCCCUCGGCGAGUACCCUCCCAUCGACAUCUUGGACGACUACCCCAACCAGGACCCGCAAGAAUCGCCAAACGGAGGAAGCCCGGAGGCCGAUGCCCCCGCUGACGAUGAAGGGGCCUCACCUGCCGCCGGGCCGAUAUCACCACGGGCUGCAUCGAAGGCGCCUCCUGACCUGGCCAUGAUUGCGCCAUGUUCUGUAGCGUCGCCGCUUCAAGAGUUUCACGCCCCCGCCUUUACCGAGUUCACCGAGCGUCCGAACCGCAGGGCGCUGAUCGAUCACUUUUGCAACGUCUUGUCACAUCUCAUCGUCUUUCGCGAGGAGACGGGCAAUCCGUUCCAGCAAUUGAUACUCCCGCUCACACGCAAGAGCCCACCGGUGCUCAACUCGAUCCUUGCGCUUUCGUGCGCUCACCUCGAGUAUCGCGGGAUUGAGAACUCGGAAAAGUCUCUUUACUUUCACAACCAGGCCAUACAGGGCGUGGCGCAGAUGAUUGCGCAAAAGGAAAAGGCCAACAGGACGGACAUUCUGGCGGCCAUAAUGCUGCUUGUGUAUUAUGAAUGCCUCGUCCAAAAAGGCCGCUCCAACAUCGUAGCCGGCCACCUAAAGGGCGCCCUGACAAUAAUGUGCAGCACCGACGACCUGCUCGACCCGGCAGGCGUCUUUCUCGAGAGAGCCUUUCGGUUCUACGACGUGAUCACUGCUUUGUCAAACAACACCUCCCCGAUCAGCACCACCCCCUCCCCGGGCGGCCUGCUCCCCUUCUCCCCCAUCGGCGCGACGCCCACCUCCCCGCUGAGCAACAUUGACACUCUACUCGGCAUGUCAACCACCCUCUGGCCCAUCAUCCACCGACUCUCCGGCCUCUCCUCCCUCAAAUCCUCCCUCGACCACGCCAUCUCGUCCAACUCCUCCCCGACAAAGAUUGCCGUCUUGAGAACAGAAUUCAGCUCCACGGCACAGGCGAUCGAGGCAGCGUUGAACAACUGGCAGCCGCAGCUGCCUGCUGACUUUACGCCUCCGGAGGGGAAUGAUGAUCCAGAAGCGGACCCGGUGCCUGUUGUGGCUAGCAGGGGGAAGUCGAGUAAUAUCCCAAGCAUAUACCACAACUCGCUUGCGUACCGGCAUGCUUCUUUGCUUUACUUGUAUCGGACCAUUCUCGGGUAUGGGAGGGGGCAUGGGCUUGUGAGGAGGCACACGAGGUUGACGCUGAAGAAUUGUGUGGCCACUGUUGGGCAUAGGGGGCCGAUGUCGGCUUUGCUUUGGCCGUUGUUUGUGGCUGCUUGUGAGGCGGGGGAGGGGAGGGAUAGGGAGUUGGCGAGGGAGGCGUUCGAGAAGGUGGAACGAAGGCAGGGGAUGAGGAAUAUUGGAAGGGCGUGGGAGGUUGUGGGUGAGGUUUGGAGACGGGUGGAUGAGGAGGAGAAGGGGAAGGAGAAGGAGAAGGAGGAAGGGGGGAAGGCAAAGGGGAAGGGGGAGGAGAGGGAGGAGCUGUGGAGGACUGUUUGUAGGGAGAUGGAGGUUAGUUUGGUUUUCGGGUGAGGAACCAAGGGGGUAAUGAUGGUUUUGUAUGCAUAAUGACGAGGGUGUGGGAAAGUGGCGGCGUUUAAUAAG